GCAAUCGAUGAACACAUCCGUCAUCCUCCGCCAUUUGCGAAAGAAAGGCCGAUCGCUGCUCUGCAGCGCAAGUGUCAUCGGUUCGGAUAUGUCGAGUGAUUGAAAAUUGUUAUUUUCAGAAUUAAACUGUGUACUCGUGCUAUCAUUUAAACAGUUAAAAUGAUUGUGAGAUUUUUGAGCAUUCUGUGCUUCGGAGUUUUGGUGGCUUCGGCGCACAGCGUCGAAGGAAACAACGACAAUGAAGACAUUCCAUACCUAGAGCUUGCGGAGCCCGACGAGGGGUACCAUGGGCUCAUCCGCGAGAACGAGACGCUGGUGGAGGUGACGCCGGCCAUCCGCGCGCGCGGCCCGCUGUGCUCCUUCCUCAUCCUCAACAACAAGCACCAUGGCGAGGCGCCCUUUGAGAUCAUGGUGAUAGACGAGAACGAGGCGCGGCUGCGCGUGCGCUACCCGCUCAACUGCGAGAAGCGACGCAACUACAAGUUCGACAUCGCCGCCGUGGGCUGCGACGGCUCCUACUCCAACACCGUCCCAGUCCACAUAACAGUGACAGACGUGAACGAGUUUGCGCCGGUGUUCAGCCAAGCGGCGUACGUCCGCUCCGUCGACGAAGGCAAGAUCUACGACGAGAUCGUGCGCGUGGACGCGACCGACCGCGACUGCACGCCGCGCUACGGCGACGUGUGCAAGUACGAGAUCCUGAACGACGGCGACCGGAGUCAGCCCUUCGCGAUCGACAAUGAAGGCGUCAUCCGCAACACAGAGCCCUUGGAGUACGACAAAUCGCACAACCACAUCCUGUCGGUGGUGGCGUACGACUGCGGCAUGCUGCAGUCCGCGCCCGUCAUGGUCACCAUCAAAGUCAACAAGCCCUGCAGAGCGGGCUGGAAAGGUCUAGCAGAGCGAGUGGACUACGCGCCGGGGACGGGCCCGCUGGCGCUGUUCCCGGCAGCGCGACUGGAAGCCUGCUCCAGCGACGAGCGCUGCCCCGGCGUCACGCGCAUCCAAGCCGCGGUCACGCUGCAAGCGUCGCGCGCCGGCGUCGCUUGCGACCGCGACACGUACACCAUACACGCGCAACGAACUAUAUGCGGUCUUGACCAGAAAACCAUCGAUCUUCUUCCCAGUCCAGGCGCAGGCAACGAAUGGGCCAAAUCUCUGAAACCAGACUCAGGUCGCGAUGGUGAGCAGAUGUUCGAGUUCGAUGGCGAGUCGACAUCGGCCGUGAUACCAGAGUCAAUCCUCAAGCACUCCAUAGGAAGCACCUUCGCGCUGUCCACGUGGCUGCGGCACGCGCCGCCUCCAGACCAUGACAAGCACCGCAAGGAGCAUGUGCUCUGCUUAGCUGAUGAUCACAAAAUGAACCGGCACCACUACGCGUUGUUCGUCCGCAACUGCCGCCUCAUCCUGCUGCUGCGGAGAGACUUCGGAGAAGGAGACCUGAACAUCUUCAGACCUGCCGAGUGGCGCUGGAAGUUGCCUGAGGUGUGCGACAACGAAUGGCAUCACUACGCAGUGAACGUGCGUUUCCCGAACGUAGAGCUGUUCGUGGACGGAGAGCCCUACCGCGCUCCGGACGGCAAGGGGCCGGAGGUCAUCGACGACUGGCCGCUGCACCCGGCGCAUGGGGUCAACACUACCCUUGUUAUUGGCGCCUGCUGGCAGGGCACAGAGAGCGACAUGAAGCACCACAUGCACGGCUGGAUGGCGGGGCUGGGGAUACUGCUGGGAGCGGUGCACUCCCCCUCCGAGCUGCGCUGCGCUGCACGCUGCAGGGAGGGACUCAGCUUGGCGCCUGAUCUAUAUUUGAAGUCGGUGUCAGUGGAAGGCGACGGCGCGGCCGAAGUGGAGACGUUGGUGCGACGCGUGGCGUACGGAGACGCGCGCUCCUUCCCUACGCCGGGACGCAGGAACGUUCAUCUGGCUACCACUAUCACUUGUGACAACGGACGCGUCAUCAAAGCCCGCCCAGCAGAAUCCUACGUGAUGGUCCUCGCACCGCAGACUCCCACCAUCCUGCUCAACGGCAGCGCAGACGCGGCGCGGGACUAUGCCCACUUCCGAGCUGGACUACCCGUGUUCCCUGAUCUCAGGGUGCAAGUGCUGGCCAGGUCCGGCGACAAUGUCAAAGAAGCGGAAACCCAGAAGCUGGACUCGUGCGUGGUGUCAGUAUAUCCAGCGCUGAACCCCGACCACGAAGCGCUAGCCUUGCGCGGCGCCGCGUCUCUGCCCGAGUCCGACAUCCGCGCCACCUUGACCCGCGACGGAGUCAGCCUCACCGGAACAGACACCGUUCAUAACUACCAGAAGGUGCUGCGCGAGAUCGAGUACAGCAACAAGAAGCCGGCGUACUACCUCAACCGAGUGUUCAAGCUAACUUGCUCAGAGCUGAACGGACGCUUCACCAGCAACGAAUACGUCCAGACUUUGACAGUGGUGCAUCCCCGAGCAGCGGGAGACGUGCACGCGCAGAGGCCCAGCGGCCUCGCUGACAAGUUGGACGUCGCUAGGGACAAGUCGCAAGCCAGCAACAACGUGGAGGUCCCCUUAGCGAUGAACGUGCCGCGCGCGUUCGCGGCGCACGCGCAGCACUCUCCGCACGCCGCGGAGGUCCCUUCAGCGAGGAUCCUGGACCUGCACUCUAACAAGGAGAGGACCUCUAACAACGUAGCGGUCCUCAUCGGCGCGGUGUGCGUGGGCGCCGUGGUGUCGCUGGCCGCGCUGGGCGCCGCGCGCGCGCGUGCGCGGCCGCGAGCGGCGCCGCGUGCGCACCGCGUGCCGCCGCACGACAGCGAGAUGGCCUGGGAUGACUCCGCGCUCACCAUCACCGUCAACCCCAUGGACGAGACGGCGACGGAGGUGGGGCGCGCGGCGGCGCCCCGCGCGGCGCCUGCGGACAGCUCGGACGGCGAGUCGUGCUCCGACUCCGACUCCGAGCACAACGACUCCUCUGAUGAUGAUGAAGAAGUGAUGGCCGGCAAGCAGCACAAGUACAGGAACAUCAGCCAGCUGGAGUGGGACAACAGCACGAUGUAAUGCACCCUCCCCCCUCUCGCUCUCACUCCCUCACCCCCUCCACUUCACUCACCCCCUCGGCAAGCGCGCACAGCCUCUCAUGAUCACUUAACUUCUCAAUCGCAUUUUGUGUGACCACUAUUGAUAGACGAUUUGAGUUUUGAACAGUGAAGGACGAAGCACAGAAGACUUACAAUAUUGUCACUGGAAAAUAUGGGCUACAAACUCGUAUAUAUAUGACUUAAAGUGCCAUUUCGAAGCUUCAAUCGAAUUGAAGCGCGUGCGGUACAGUACAUAAAUUAUGCACCGCCCACCAUGGUAGAGAUUAUUUUAAGUUAUAAUGGAGCGUACGGAAUAUUUCUAUGUUUUGUCGUUCACUGGUUUUGAAGUGAUUUUUGUGUAACAUUAUUUUCUUAUAUGUAUACAGUUCUAUAUGACCACUAUUGUUAGAUGGGAUGGUUUUGGUUUAUAACAAUAUAUAUUUCUGUAUCACAACUUUCGUAACUAAAGGUUAUUUAUCACCAUUUUUAGAUCAGGCAUUUUUUUAUGAUCAUGCAGAUGAUUUUUUGAGUAUUUCUGUGAAUGAAAAUGUUCCAUAUAUAAUGAUUUUAUUACGACCAUUCUCAUCAGUUGUGAAAAUUAGGUUUAUUAUGCGAAUUUUGGGAUAUUUUUAUGUCUAAAAGGGUGAGUUUAAAUGACCAAUAAAUGGGGUAUAUUUUGGUUUAGGUCAGUAUUUGCAGUGUUUUAAGUUAAUCAAUGUGGUUUUGGUUUAAAACAGUGCCGAAUGUCGAGUUGAUAUUGAAAUUGCAGGUCAGUUUCGACUUUCGAUUUUAUUAAAAUAAAAAAAACGUUGCUGGGGGAUCGUUUUUGAAUAUUCAUAAAAAAGAAAAAUAUAUUAUGACUUUAAAAUAGUAUAUAAAUAAGACGGAAGAAUAGGUUGUUAUUACAAUAAUAGUGGUCAUAAUAUUACAAAUGCGAUGUUUAACACAGUUUUGUAAAGGAAUUGAUUUCUGAUUAGAACAAAUUUUAACAACAUGAAAUCAAUUUUUGUAACUAUAAGUUUAAAUGUGUUAUGAAUGUAAUUGCAAUAAGUGGCACAAAUUAGGGACUCUAAGUCGCAUUUAUAAUCAUUUUUAAAAUUCCGCAUAAAUUUUAAUAAUAUUAUAUUCAAUAAGUUAAAUAUAUUUUAGGUACAAAUUAUAGGACAUUCUAGGAAAAUAGUGAUUUUAUAAAAAGAGAACGUAAAAUCAAGUAAAAUCUUAUUUUUCAUUACCAUAAUUUUGGAAUAUAUCAUUAUAUCAUCAUAUUAUGAUUUAUGACACUUUUUACUUAACAAGGCCACGUUUCACGGCCAUAUUUUGUAUGUAUAAUGAGUAUACAUGUGAAAGACAUAUAAAAAACUCCAGAUAUAUUCGUGUGCUCAUAUAUAUUCGUAUUUAAAAAGUAAAGACAAAUUCGCACGCUUACAUGUAACACAUCGGUAUAAGGUACGCGUAGCAACACAUACUACAUGAUGCUAUGUUUAUCGGGCAAUCCUGAUAACGGACCGCCAUUUUUUGAAGCGCUCUUAUAGGUGUCAAAACGUGCGUAAGCCCCACGCCAAUAUGUAAGUAGUCUGUGUUGCUACGCGUAGGUAUGUGUCAUGCGCACAAGCGUACGAAUUUCUCUUCACUUUUUAAAAUACAAUCGUAUGAGCUUCGCCUUUAAGUAAAACACCUAGGUUGAAAUCUGUAGAGUGCACUUUGACUUUGCUUAGACUUAAGUUUCAGUUAAAACGAGACGGAUUUAUGCCAGCCGUAUAAACCUGUCUCGUUUUAACAGUGUCUUAAGUCUGAGCAAAGUCAAAGUGCGGUCUAUAGAUCUCAGGCUAGAAGCGUGUUUCAAAACAUGGAGCCUCGUUACCAAUCUAUAAAAGUCGUUAACUUACAUGAAUUUAAGACUCAUCCCUUUUUGUAACUCAAGAUGUGUCACUAUUUUCCUAAAUCGAAUGAAACUAUAAUAAACUCAAAUCAAACGCAACACUUUUAACAUCAUUUUACGAGUGCAUUUUGUAGAGACCUCAUCUCAUAUAGCGCACGGAGGGGGUCCUAAGUAAUAAGUCUCAAAAAUGAAUCAUAUCAAAUUUAUACGUAAAACAUGGUUCCCCUCGCUUGCUUCGUAGAGACGACUGGUGUUCAGUGCAUAGCGGACUAACCUUUUCUAUACUUCUACAUGUUGCUGAUUUAGGACUAAUUUUAACGAUUCAGCCCAGCUUUUUUACAUCUUAAAAAUAAUCAUGACCAAGUAACUCAUACAAAAAUAAAAUGUAGACGGAGACCUUGUGAUAAAACGAGUAGUAAAGUGCAAUUCUCGUAUUUAUUUUACCAAAAUUGAAGUUGAAAAAUGGAAUUUGUUGAAACCUAAUUGACUGUCUAUUUUUUUCUAGAGUCUAUGGCAAAUAAAAAAUAAGAGAGCUAUUUGCGUUAAAAUUACUUCUAAAUCAGUGUUGCUAAUCGUGAAAAAAAAACUUAAAAAAAAAAAGUUGUACCUAUGUAUCAAACAGUAGUCGUUAUUUGGUAUGGAGUCGAUCUAUUCUAAUCUAAGUGGGUUCUAGUGAUAAGUAAAAUACUAUGUAUUGUAUAUUACUUAACUUGUAAGACGCUUCGCCGUACAGCAAUUCUAUUUUACUUUUUUAAUUUAAUUUUUUUUUUGUAUGACCAGUGGCGCCAUCUUUUAUUCUACAGUUAAAACGACGCCAUAUUUUUUUUAGCAUUUAAAUAGUACAACAAAAUGUUAAGUAAGACGUGUUUACAUUAGGGUUUUUACCGUCGAGAAAAGUAGGAAUUUUCACGAGACAUACAGUUUUCUGUUUUAAUAUUUUGUGAGAUGAUUGUAUUUAUUAAGAUCUUAAUGUUUGAAGGCAUAAAUUAUGAUAAAAAUGAGCUGUCACGAAAAACUAGGAUUGUUAUGAAGACAAUGCCAAUAAUUUAUUAUUUUCUGUUCAAUGAAGAAAUUGUGUGACGAUUUUUUAGAUCUUUAUAAAGAAAGCAUGAAGUCUACUUGAUAUAAAAGACUUAUUGAUUGAUUGACAACGUUCUUACGGAAAAAAUGACAUUUACAACGUUUUUUUUAAUAUUGACAUUUGUAUUUUAACUGUAUUUAUAGCAUUUAAUGACUAAUUCAUUAAAAUAUAUUAUAAUAUUAUAUAAAAGCGUAAAAUGAUUCGUUUGGAUUGAUCUUUAUUGUUCAACAUCAGAUAAUAAAAGUCGAUCGUGUCUCGACGGUAUAAGGCUGGAUGUAAAUACGCCUUUAUUUAGUACAAGAGCCAACAUAAUAUAAGUUCAAAGCAUUUUUACGUAACGGUACAAACACUUCACGCGUAGAGAUUAAAGUUUUUAUUGUUAUUAUUAAAACAAUGUCCACUUUCACCCCUUACGAGCUUCUCAAACAAAAAAUCGGCUUAAAUGUAUAUUAGGCACAGAGUUAUUUGAAAAAAAUUACAUAGAUGUACUAUAACUAUACACUUACUUAUACAAAAUAUCGUUUUAGGAUCAGCUACUAUAUAAUGAUACUAAGUAUAUAUAAUUAUAUAUAUAUUUUGAAUGCGUUAAGGGAUUUUUACUAACAUUUAGAUACUAAGCUCCGUGGUAGGUUGGCGCAUACAUGCGCCGUGUAGCCUGUUGCAAACCACAGACUUUAUAUCGUACGACAGUUUUGUCGCAUCGACUUUCAGUUGCGCGCGGGAUAAACUCCGGCAUCAGUUUUCUCCUCCACUUUUAAUAUGGAUACCUUGAAGUCAAGAGUGAAUAGGCAUCUUCUAGGCAAGCGCGCUCCAUCUCAGGCUGCAUGAUCACUUGCCAGCAGGUGAGACUGCAGAAAAGCGCUACUCUAGAAAUUAAAAAAAAAAAACUGGUUCCUUAUUUUCUGAUAUUGAAAUACAGUUUUUGACGUGAAAAUUUUCUAUUGGUGGAAGGAAAAGUUAUUGAAUUAGCGCACUAAAUUAUGUUUUACCGAUAUAACUAUUGGCCGAUAGAAAGUUUUUGGUUUGCAAAAGCUCAUAGUUAUAAGAGUAGUUAAGUUUCAUUCCUUCAUUUCCGGCGCGGCGGUGUUGCCGUCCCUCUCGCACGCCGCCCGCCCGCAUCGCUCUGUCCCUCUCGGGAGUUUUGCAUAUCAGGAUAGUUUGCCAUACUAGUAUUAGUGUCCGACACUGGGACAAUUAAAGCACAGAAAGAGUCUUAAUUUUUUGUAUUUUUGGAAUUUUGCUGUAAAGAUUAAGUACUAUGGGUUUUUAAUGAAAAACCAUAGUAUUUCCUAAAUUGUAUUAUUUUUCAGCACAAACAAUAAUUGGUUUUGCUUGGUUUACAUUGUACCAUAUUAAAGCUUGUCUAUUAAUUUUCAUUUAGAAUCCCGAUUCUUAAUGAUUCCAAUUUUCGUCCAGAUAUUAAAAACCUAGAUAUAACGAUUUGUUUACCCAACAACUACUUUUUGGGUAUACAAAGUCUUCCGCGGACAAUUAGUCCCUCAUCUCUCAAAUACUAAUAAGGAUAUCGUAAAAAAAUCGGUUUGCUGCAUAACUAAUGAAAUGAAAAAGAAUAUGAUUCUUUCUAUGUUUUAGUGAUUCCCUGAGUGUCGGGCUAUACACUAAGCAAUUGUGACAUAAUCAUUGGUGUGGAUAGUGACGUCGAUUGUUGUCCCUUUCUCUCUCGUGUAAAAGUUGGUUUGUUGGAACGUUUGUUGUGUGCCUGUUCUGACAUUUUGUUUUUUUUUUUAUAUAUAUGAAUGGGAUUAUUUUUGAGAACGCAAUUUGAUAAAAACCAUUAAGGUAUCAAUAUUAAAAAUUACGGACGAUGAAGUUUUUCGAAAAAAUACAAAUCUUUAUUAAAAGUUUAAUAUGUUAAGGUUAUCUAUCCUUUUAUAAAAUUGAAAUAAGCAUUCUAAAUUGAUUUUAUCACCCAUGACUGUAAUUUAUGUUGGGAGUACUGUCUUUCUGUCAGUGAGAGUGAUAUAAUGUUGGUAUUCAAGCAUGCAAUCCAUCUCAUACAUUUGCAUAAUUAUCGUUUUUGUACGGAAGUUCUGUCUCUUAUAACGUAGUGAUUACAUACUCUUUGAUUUAUAAUGUCAAAUUGAUGUAAAAUCCAUAACAUGCGUGCAGCGAAAUGCAUUGUGCUGCCAUAAAUCAAGAAAGAAGUAUUUACUCUUAGUAUUACUAUUAAAGGUCUUGCGUUCUCAAAUAAUGCUCUCCUUUAGGAUAUGUUGGAGUUUUGGAGAUAAGACGUAUCAAAAUAGGCACACAUGGAAUGUUAGCAAGUCGUGCGUUUAGGAAUUUGUUCCAUCUAAGUAUUUAUUUGUUUUUGUAGUGCCAUUAAAAAAUUGUUUUUGAAUGAAACUUUGUACUGUAGCGUUCCUAAACGCAAGGCUUGUUUGUUUGUUUUUAUUAGGUUUCCAGUUGUUUCGUUGAGUUUGUUUUACUCGACAACCGUCCAAUGACCAAUCCCAGUUUUUUUUUUAAUUUUUAAGAUCUGACUUCUGACACUUUAAAAAUUUCUGCCACGGCUCAAAAUAGCACAAAAUGCAGGCAUUUUGAUUUUAACUCUUAACGAAAAUGUAUUUCGAGGUAGCUACUUAUCUAUUUUAUAUUAUUUACUUGACUAAUACAUUAUUUGUUUAGUUUAUUUCGUAUUAAUGCGGUAUUACUACUGUACACAUAGGUAUCUUCUUUGAUGUAUGAAUUAUUAUAUUUUAGCUAAAAAUAAAGUUGGUUUAAAAUAA